AUGUCCUUUUCACCAGCAAUCCGAGUUGCAAGGUCAGCUGCGCAGAGGUCGACCUCUCUGCUGCGAGCCAUUCAGUACGGUCACCCUCCAAACUGUCCCUGCCAUUCGAAUCCCAACUUUCACCAUGCUCCAUCAGUAUUCGGUGAAGCCAAGAGACGAUUGGCCACCCCGAUCGACUAUUCGCGGACAAAGGAAUAUGCCUUCGAGAUGGCGGCAUCGUCAAUUCGCUUUGGGCCAGGCUGUACAAAAGAGGUGGGCAUGGACAUGAAAAACCUGGGGGCCAAGCGGGUGUGCGUGGUGACGGAUGCGAACGUGUCCAAGUUGAAUGCAAUGAAGCAGGUGAUUGAGGGACUCAACGCGGAGGGAAUCGAGUUCACCGUGUACGACAAGUGCCGUGUGGAACCCAAAGACAGCUCUGUAAAGGACGCAAUCGCCUUUGCCAAACCAUACCAACCAGAUGCGUUCCUGGCUGUGGGAGGUGGCUCGGUCAUUGAUACGGCCAAGCUGAUGAACCUGUAUACUUGCUAUCCUGAAGCAGACUUCUUGGACUUUGUCAAUGCUCCGCUAGGAAAGGGCCUGCCUAUUACGAAGAAGCUCAAGCCUCUUGUUGCUGUGCCCACCACAGCCGGUACAGGCUCAGAGACCACGGGCACCGCCAUCUUCGACCUGGUAGAGAAGCGAGCGAAGACCGGCGUUGCGCACAGAAAUCUCAAGCCAACGCUGGGCAUUUGCGACCCGCUGAACACCCGAACGAUGCCAUCUGCCGUGCAUGCUUCGUCAGGUCUGGAUGUGCUCUGCCACUCGCUCGAGUCUUGGACUGCCAUCCCGUACCACGAGAGAUCUCCCAGGCCCACAAACCCGAUUAACCGACCGGCUUACCAAGGUGCGAACCCCAUUUCCGACAUCUUCUCCUUGAAGGCUUUACAAUCCACGGUGAAAUACCUACCGCGAGCCACCAAGGACCCAGAGGACUACGAGGCUCAAAGCGAGAUGUUGCUCGCAGCUACCCUUGCCGGCGUCGGCUUCGGCAACGCAGGCGUCCAUCUCUGCCACGGCAUGAGCUAUCCCAUCAGCGGCCAGAACCCCGGCUACAAGCAUUCAGGAUACCAGAUCGACACACCCAUCAUACCCCAUGGUGUAAGUGUUGCUGUGACGGCGCCAGCUGUGUUCAAAUUUACUGGGCCCAGCAACCCUGACCGUCACCUGGCAGCCGCCGAGUGCUUUGGGAAGGACAUCUCCAACGCCAAAAAGGAAAGCGCGGGAGAAAUCCUCAGCGAAGCGCUCGCUGAGUUCCUCAUCAAGCUUGGAGAUCAGCCUCGAGGAUUGAAACCCCUGGGUUUCACGAAGGAGAGCAUUGAUGAUCUGGUUGAGGGCACUCUCCCCCAGAAACGGGUUCUGAUGCUGGCACCAAGUCUGAGCGAGGAGAUCAACCAGGAACGAGAACAGCUGCGAGGCUUGUUCGAGGAGGCUCUGGAGUACUAG